ACUGAGCAUAUAACUACAACCCUGCUACAAGGCAAAAUGACAAGCCACCAUAUGGCAACACUAUAUAGAGGCGCUCGAAAUUCAAACAGCCCAAGCAAAGAACAACCAUCAACAUUCAAUACAGUUCAUGACGGCCACGAGAGAACAAGUUGCGCAGAUCUUUAGAGAGAGAGUUUAAUUCUGAGAAUUAAUAAGACGUAAAAACGGCCAAAAAUGUUGUAAUUUGUCCAAAGAAAGUGUAAAACUAAAUAAUAAAUGUCUAUUGUGUAGGCUUUUUGCGAAUAUCGCGAAGCUAAAUGUGCAUAAAUAUUAUUUGUUGAAACGCCAUAACAAAUCAGCGUGUGUGCGUGUAGAGUUUUGCGAGCGAUCUAAGUACGAGUGUGUGUGUGAGUAAAAAAAUCCUAUCAUACUUCCCCUCUACUGCGACGAAUUAAAACCAAUAACACCCUGUUCAUCCGUGUGAUUUGUGUCAGUUUGUAAUUUUAUGGUGCAUAUUAAACGCGUGUGACUGUGUGCGUUUUUAUAACAUAAAAAAGAAGGAACACAAAAAAUAAAAAAAAAAAAUUGCUUGAAAUUACAAUGGCCGCUACAACCACCACCACCAAUGCUGCUUUCCAAAUCAUGCAGGAUGCCGGAAAAGAGAAUCCUCGCAAUAUCCCCACUAAGGGCAAAUCCAAUGUUCUGCAGCCAUUGGGUGCCAGCUCCAUGGGAGCCGGUGGUGGCGUCCCUUUGAAGCAAGGACGCGCCAAUGUUGCCACUCUCAAUUCAAAUGCCAAUGUACGCAUAGGCAAUGGCAACAACAACAAUGGAGUACAUGCAGUAGCGGGCACUAAAGUGGCAUUCCGUGAAGUUGGCAAUGUUAAAAUAUGUAAAGACGACCAAACAUUGUUGGGUGGUAAAAAAGCAUCUGUGGUUCCUGUGGAACAAUUCAAAACAUUUUCCGUUUAUGAAGACCACAAUGAGAAUAUUGAACCACAACAGGUGGUGGCAAGCAGCGGUGUUCCUAUUAAACAAAAUGAUGUAACUAGUCAAGAUGUUGUUGACAAAGAAAAUGUUUUCCAUGAUAAGCAACAACGUUUGCAACAACAUCACAAUAUUUUAACAGAAAGAAGUGACAUUCACAAAUUCGAUGAAAAUGAGUAUCUCUUGGACACCACACCCAUGUCGGUGUCCGAUGUACUAUCGCCAAUGUCUGUUGAUCGUUCUGCAGCGAAAUUUUUCGACGAUAGCAAUUCGAAAGAAGUUGCCGAAUCUUCAGAACUGGAGAAACUUUCAAUACCACGCAAUGAUCGUCAGCGUUUCUUUGAAGUGGUCGAAUAUCAGCGAAGCAUUUUGGAAUAUUUCCGUGAAAGUGAGAAAAAACAUCGACCAAAACCCCAUUACAUGCGCCGCCAAACUGAUAUUAACUACUCAAUGCGCACCAUCUUAGUUGAUUGGCUUGUGGAAGUUUCCGAGGAAUACAAUUUAGAUACUGAAACCUUGUAUAUAUCAGUAUCCUAUAUUGAUCGUUUCCUUAGCCACAUGUCGGUGGUACGGAAUAAACUGCAAUUGGUGGGAACGGCAGCUAUGUACAUUGCAUCAAAAUAUGAAGAAAUCUACCCACCAGAUGUUGCUGAAUUUGUCUUUAUCACCGAUGACACCUAUAGCAAGGCUCAGGUUUUGCGCAUGGAACAGAUUAUUUUGAAGAUCUUAUCGUUUGACCUUUGCACUCCCACAGCUUUUGUAUUUAUCAACACCUAUGCUGUGCUUACCGAUAUUCCGGAUAAAGUUAAAUUCCUGACCUUGUAUAUUUCGGAAUUAUCCCUGUUGGAAGCUGAUCCCUACCUGCGUUUCUAUCCUUCCAUGAUAUCUGCAGCUUCGCUGGCCUUGGCACGUUACCUAUGUGACUUGCCAGUGUGGUCGGCUGAAUUAGAAGAAAUAACCACAUACCGUUUGGAAGAUUUGCGCGAGGUUUUCUUAUGUCUGUGCAAAAGUCACAAUUCGGCAGUCAGCUUGGCGCAACAAGCCAUUCAGGAGAAGUACAAGGCAGAGAAAUUCCGCUCGGUCUCCUCUAUAGAGCCAGUCAACAUUGAGGAUGAGCAAUUUGCUGAGAUUGUCAAUCAUUACAAUGAGUAUGCACUUAAACAGAAGAACAGCGUAGAACAAAUCACUACAGCGAAAGAAGGCGACAAAACUACAGCGCCAUCGUCCAAAGUGAAUCUAUUCUUUAAGUUUUGAUCUAUGUUUCAGUGAUCAUUUUUGUUUUUUUUUGAGAAUUUUUUCGUUUUUUAUUAUACAAUUAUUUAAAAAAAAAACACACACAUAUAGUAUCAAAUGUAA